AGAGGGAGACCAGAUGCACACCUGUGGAUGAAGAACCUGUUGGAGGAUCAUCAGCUGAACUGGGACCUCCUGACACAGAUGCCCCUACAGCCAAAAGGUUCAGUCUACUGUUUGCAGUACACAAUGAAAUCCUGCAGGAGAACAUAGAUAAGGAGCAACAGCUGGCCAGCCCUUCAGCCAUGCAGGUACAGAGCUACUUAUCUGAGGUUCCCAUCGACAGGAACCAGGACCCAGUUUGUAUUGUUUCAAGGGUAUUGUUCAAUAUUUUUCAAUAAAAUAAGAYUGGAACAUUGAAGACGUAUUGUGAUCUUAUAACACCUGACUGCGUUGGUUGUAAAUCGGUAUCGGACAAAAUCGGAAUCGGCAGGUCAGACUUUUUAAAGAUCGGAAAUCGGAGAUCGGCAAGAAAACUGCAAUCGGUGCACCCCUUAU